GUCUGAAGGCAGGAACAGGACUGCAGAGCUUGCAGCCCAGCGAGGAUGGGCUCACUUCCUGAAUGCCUGAGCCUGUAGUCAGGACAGUAGGGCUAUUGUUGGGUUUGGUGGCUGGAAGCCUCCCACCUUCAUUUCUGUGCGGCAGACUGUAGGGGAGAAGUGCCCAGUGCCCUGCAGGAUGGAGAGAGAAGGAGACAACUUGGUGACGGUGUUUAACCUACUGACUGUGAUGGAAGACAACAGGGCCUCCCACAAGCAGCAAGCCAAGGACAGACCUUCUCCCAAAAGCUGCUCUGCCUCCUCCAGGGUGGGACAGCUCAAACCGUUCUCUCCAGGCCUUCUUGAGACCCCAGGAGCUGAGACCAAAGACCCCAGGUCUGAACAAGAGCAGCAUGGCUCCAUGUCCAAGAAACCCCAGACACUUAUGGAGCCCCUCUUUGAUAUGACUCCAGGGCCCUGGCAAAGUGAAAGUCUGGAAGAACAACUGGGACCUGGCCACCGGGCAGUCAGCACCAGGUUACUGAGCUCCCUGAGGAAUAAGAUCUCAGACGGAGUCUGGAGGAAGUCAUGUGAAGCUACUGUAAACAUCAGCAAGCAGUUGCAGGAGCCAGAAGAGAAUAAAAUUGUCAGGGAGCUCCUGGAGACAGAGCAGACCUAUGUGUCCCGCCUUCACCUGCUGGAUCAGGUUUUCUUUGAGGAGCUGUUGAAGGAAGCUCGCAGCAGCAAGGCUUUCUCUGAAGAUGUUGUCAAACUCAUCUUUUCCAACAUCUCCUCCAUUCACCAAUUCCACUCCCAGUUCUUCCUCCCAGAGCUUCAGAGAAGAGUGGACGAAUGGGCUGCCGUCCCCCGCAUUGGUGAUGUGAUCCAGAAACUGGCGCCCUUUCUGAAGAUGUACGGCGAGUAUGUGAAGAACUUUGAGCGGGCAGCAGAGCUGCUGGCCAUAUGGAUGGAGAAGUGCCCACCCUUCCAAGAGGUCAUCACUCGAAUCCAGAACAGCGAGGUCUGUGGCAACCUCACCCUGCAACAUCACAUGCUGGAGCCCGUGCAAAGGAUCCCUCGCUAUGAGCUGCUGCUGAAGGAGUAUGUGCAGAAGCUACCCGCUGAUGCCCCGGACCAGGCGGAUGCCCAGAAAGCUCUGGACAUGAUCUUCUCUGCUGCUCAGCAUUCUAAUGCAGCCAUCACUGAGAUGGAGCGUCUACAGAACCUGUGGGAUGUGUACCAGCGUCUGGGCCUUGAGGAUGAUAUCGUAGACCCCUCCAAUGAAUUGCUCCAGGAAGGCCCCAUCCAGAAGAUCUCCUUCAGACACAGCAGCACCAUGGAGCGUUACUUGUUCUUGUUCAACAAUAUGCUGCUGUACUGCGUGCCUAAGGUGAUUCAGGUUGGGGCUCAGUUCCAGGUGAGGACACGAAUAGAUGUGGCUGGAAUGAAGGUCCGGGAACUGAAUGAUGUGGAAUUUCCUCACUCUUUCUUGGUGUCUGGGAAACAGAGGACCCUGGAACUGCAAGCCCAAUAUGUCCUAUUUUGGGGCAGGUCUCAGGAAGAAAUGAACACCUGGAUCCAGUCUUGCCAGCGGGCCAUUGACCAAAUUGGGAAGCGGCAUGAAACCUUCAAAGCCGCGGUCCAGGGGCCUGAGGGAGACACAGAGGAGCACCAGCUGAAGUCUGAAGAGCUGGGCAUCAGAGCUCCCCAGUGGGUCCGUGACAAGAUGGUGACCAUGUGCAUGCGCUGCAAGACGCCCUUCAAUGUCCUCACCCGGAGACGGCACCACUGCAGGGCAUGCGGCUACGUGGUGUGUGCUAAGUGCUCUGAUUACAGAGCUAGGUUGAAAUACGAUGACAGUCGCCUCAACCGGGUCUGCCUCGAGUGUUAUGUCUUCCUCACCGGAAACCUACUGCCAGAGGACAAGGAAGAUAAGAAGAAAGGGAUCCUCGAGAAAGAGUCUUCGAAGGUAUCGGAACAGAGCCUAAUGUGCAGCUUCCUGCAGCUCCUGGGAGACAAGUGGGGGAAGGCCAGUAGCCGAGGCUGGUGUGUCAUCCCCAGAGACGACCCCCUGGUGCUUUACAUCUAUGCUGCCCCACAGGAUAUGAAAGCUCACACCUCCAUUCCCCUGCUGGGGUACCAGGUGACAAGUGGACCCCUGGCCGAUCCUCGAGCGUUCCAGCUCCAACAAUCUGGUCUGGUCUACUCAUUCAGGGCUGAAUCUGAGGACCUAAAGGGGCAGUGGAUGAAGGCCAUAGAUCGGGCAGCCAGAGGUCCGAGCUUCACUGGAGCUGAGGGUGAACUGUCAGACUGAACCAGGGUGAGGGGAGCUGCAUCUUCUUCACCUCCGAACACACACACACACACACACACACACACACACACACACACACACACACACACACCUGCUGAUUGGCUACUCCCUCUUUUGAGGUAGAGUUAUUUUUAUCCUCUCCUCUAUUAAUUCUCAUCUGCCUGAAUGAAAACAGAUUGGGACCCCAGAAAUGAAACCCUGCAUUUAGUAACUAUAAAUAAGGAAGCUUGUA